AUGGGUCCUUUUCACCUGUCAGCAAGGUUACAGCUCCUGAAACCAGGCAGGACGGUUCCCAACAGGGAGCAGGGCCAUGUGACCUUUGAAGAUGUGUUCAUGUGCUUCUCCUGGGAGGAAUGGAGGCUACUUGAUGAGGCUCAGAGAUGCCUAUACUAUGAUGUGAUGCUGGAGAACUUGGCACUUAUAUCCUCACUGGAAAACUGCACAUACCUUUAUCAGAAGCAACACGUUAGACAGAAACCCUUCAGAAGCCAUGUGAACAGAGCUUUGUUUGUGAAGAGCUGCAAACUGAAUGUGGCAGGGAAGACACUUAUCUUCAGGGAGACUGGGAAGGACUUCAUGGCCAGCUAUGAAUUUCUUCAGCAACAGAUCUUUUACAACAAGGAGAAGUCAAACAACAGAGCCAAGUGUGUGGCAGUUUUUCAGAAGGGAAAGGCUCAAUUAUCAACUCUCAACAACUGGAAAGAACACAUGAAAUCCUUCAGCCACAAACACAUGCUUGUUCAGCACCAGAGAGUCCUCACUAGAGAAAGUUGUUUUAUGUCCCAUGGAUGUGGGAAAUUGUUUAGCAAAAGUGGUAGCCUCAUUAGACAUCAGAAUUUUCACACAGGAGAAAGAGCUUUCGAUCCUUAUGAAUGUACAGAGUGUGGGAAAUCAUUUACCAGAAACUCCCACCUUGUUGCACAUAGGAGAGUUCACACUGGAGAAAGACCUUAUGAGUGUGGUGAAUGUGGGAAAAUCUUUAAGUACAAGUCCAACCUCAUUGUACACCAAAGAAUUCACACCAGAGUAAAGCCUUGUGGAUAUAGUGAAUGUGGGAAAUCCUUUAACCAAAAAUCUAGCCUUAUUGUCCACCAAAGAGUUCACACUGAAGAAAGUCCUCAUCAGUACAAUGAAUGUGGAAAAUCCUUCAAACAAAACUCAAGUAUCAGUUUCCAUCAGAAAGUUCAUAUUGGACAAAGGCCUAUUGAGUGCAGUGAAUGUAGCAAAUAUUUUAGCUGCAAAUCUAACCUCAUUAAACACCUUAGAGUUCACACUGGAGAAAAACCUUAUGAAUGCGGGAAAUGUGGAAAAUCCUGCAGCCAAAGUUCAAGUCUCAUUCAACACCAGAGAGUUAACACUGGGAAAAGGCCUUAUGAAUGCAAUGAAUGUGGAAAACCAUUUAGCCAAAUCUCUGCCUUCUGUUAUCAUCAGAGAGUUCACACUGGAGAAAGACCAUUUAAGUGCAUUGAUUGUGAGAAAUCCUUUGCUGCAUACCUCAUUAACCAUAGGAGAAUUCACACUGGAGAAAGGCCUUAUGAGUGUGGGGAAUGUGAAAAAUCCUUUAGCCAAAACUCAAGUCUAAGUAUACAUCAGAGUUCACACUGGGAAAAGCCUUAUGAGUGCAGUGAAUAUGAGAAAGCCUUCAGCUGUAUCUCAUUGGAAAUCACAAAGUUUACGUAA